GGCUCACAAACCUCUUAACCAGCUCUAUCCAACAUGAAACUGACUUCGCUGUUGUGAGCUUGACAGAAGAUUGGUCAGGACCAAAACAAGCCUGUGAAGACAGUGAAGGCACUUUACGAAUGACUGAAAAAGAGGAGACAAUGGACAUCUCUGACAACCAGGACAGUGCGCAGUCAGCAAAGAAGAACGGACGAACCUCGUUGCUGGACAGUGGGGAGGACUUUGAGGUCUUAAAUGAAGAAGAUAUUGACGACGACCCUCCUCCACUGGAAGAUGCCGGGGGUGGAAAAUUGAAGAGCGAAGAGCAGAAUGGAAAAGAAAAUGUGGACACAGAUUCAGACCCUUCAGGUCCAGUUGAAGAAUGGUUGGAUGUCUUGGGUAAUGACCAGCUGAAGAAAAAAGUAUUGGAGCCAGGGAAAGGGCGAGACAGUCGACCACAGAAAGGCCAGAAUGUCAGGAUUCAUCUAAAGAGCUUUCUGACAGAUGGGACGCCUGUCCAGGAGCAACGUGACCUCUGUUUCACACUGGGUGAUGGAGAUGUCAUCCAGGCUCUAGAUCUCACAGUGCAGCUCAUGGAAAUGGAAGAGAAGGCUCUCAUCCAGACUGAUGCAAAAUAUGCAUAUGGUACUCGGGGGAGUGUUGACCCUGAAGUCCCCCCCAAUGCUGAGUUGUCCUUGGAGGUUGAGCUGUUGGAGGCCACAGAUGCUCCAGACUUGGAGCUACUUCCCCCUGUUGAAAAGAUUGCCCUGGCCAGUCAUAAAAGAGAGAGGGGCAAUGUCCAUUAUCAACGUGGAGAUUAUGCUUUUGCCAUCAAUUCAUAUGGCAUUGCCCUGCAGAUAACAGAAUCUAGUUCUAAAGUUGACAUAAGUGCUGAGGAGGAGAAAGAACUGAUAGAUGUGAAAGUCAAGUGUUUAAACAACAUGGCUGCUUCUCAACUGAAACUAGACCACUACGAUGCAGCACUCAAAUCUUGUGUCUCUGCAUUGGCCCACCAACCCGAGAAUAUAAAAGCUCUUUUCCGUAUGGGAAAGGUAUUGGCCUUACAAGGUGAAUAUACAGAAGCCAUUCAAACUUUGAGGAAAGCACUGAAGUUGGAACCAAGCAACAAGACUAUACAUGCAGAGCUCUCUAAGCUGGUGAAGAAGCACUCAGAACAGAGGGGAGCGGAGCAGGCCAUGUACAAGAAGAUGCUUGGUAACCCGAGCAGUAACAGUACACAGAAACACCGGGCCAAGUCUUCAUGGGGUCUCAGCUGGAAGUGGCUGUUCGGUGCCACUGCUGUAGCCAUCGGCGGCGUAGCAUUAUCCGUCGUCAUAGCUGCUAGAAACUGAACCAAGUGUGAAGUGACAGCUUGAACCUACAAUGUGAGAGCCUAUACUCAGAAGCACAUCUGGCCUUGCCUUCUGACUAGUGGUCAGCGGGGGUGGUGAUCUCAGUCGGCCAGUCGCCUCUUCACUGUCACUGUCUUUUCUCUGCUAUGUUUGAGAACUAUAUGUGACAACCCGUAACAAAACAAUAUUUGCAUAUGGAAAACUUGUCUCCAACUAUAUAAAUGUGGAAGUUUAUACAUAUCUGUCAUGUUGCCAGGCACUGUUUUCUUUUGCCGCCACUGUUUUUGUCUAUGGUAGUUAAUGUAGAUAUCGUUAACUCACCAAAAGGAUCAAGUCAAAUCAUUUCCCUUAUAAGAUAGCUACUGUGGUAUGUUCCUAAGUUUUAUAGUUUUGAGUGUCACAUUGCGCAUUUUAAUUAAUGUUAAAGACAGCAUUUUUAAUCAUAGUUCAACGUCCUUUGUCUACUUUAUGGAGUAAUGCUGAUGCUGAGGUGGCAUCUUGUGCUCAUUUCUGUCCCAUUCCUUCAGGCUGGACUAGUGCACAGUGAUUAGAAAAGUUGAAGCACUUGUCCAAUGUCUUUUUGCCUUUCAGCUAAAGUAGACAUUGUUUUUUUCUAUUCUAUUGUUACUGUCUAAAUCAGGGCAAAGAACGGUACACAGAAUGUUAUCAGAUUACAUAAUAAAACAGAGGAAGAAUUUAUUUUAUUAAUCCUUUUCUCUCUAUUAUACCUCAGUUUCUGAUUACUAAGACCAAAUGCUAAAAGGUGUCUCAGUGAAAUGAUAGAUGUGUAUGUCUUGUGACCCAUUCAUGUUUGCCUGUGAAAAUUCUUUGAUUAUGUUCGUUAGUUGCUUAUUUAUUCCAAUGUUUUUGCUCUGAUUACUUUCUUGCAUAAAUAUGACAUCUCUGAGUCUGUGGAUUCUUCUGAAUCUGUGGUCAACAGAGCCAAAAGUUGCAUUUUGUGUUCGGUUCGAGACAAAGUGAUUGAUAAGUUUUUUUUCUGUUCCUGACAUUCCCUUUAUUGAUAAUUUUAUAUUCAUCACAAUAAAAUGUGUGUUAUCAAAGUGCA